GGCCUAGAUGGUUUGAUUCAACCCAACUAGAUGUGCUUUGCCCAUUUUGUGUGUUUUGCCCAUUUUGCAUGAUAUUAGAAGGGUGGUUUUCCAUUGCGAGAAGAGGAAUAGAAAAAACUGAUUGCUCAUUUUGCAUGAUAGUAGAAGAGUGGUUUUCCAUUGCAAGAAGAGGAAUAGCAAAAAAUGAAAAAGCUAAAGAGAGCCCAGCCAUAUACCUUCGCAGCCUGGUCCGUCACAACCCACGGGAAAGCUGGUGGAAGGAAAUGCCCUUGUCUCUAGUCCCACAACUCCACGGACCCUCCGUAGCUUGGCCCGCCACAACCCACAGAAAAACCGAGCCUCUGUGACCAAACGAACCAAAAAAACCUGCCACAACCCAUGGGAAAACCGAAACGAUGCUAUGAGAGCCGCGUAUCACCGAAAUGACUUAGAGUAAUAUCUGACUACCUCAUAUUCUUAAAAUUUGAACUUGAAUUGACCUCCGUCAAAAAAUGUCUAUUUACUAAAAUCUAAGGGCACAUCGGUUAAAUUUCAUGCCUUUUUCCCUCUUCAAAAUUUCUGCAAUAAAUCAUUCUGCGAACAUUUCACAUAAAUUUUUCCUGAACUUGGCUCCACAGGCUAUUGAUCGAAGCAUCCUUAAACUCAUAUCCAUAUUGCCUUACGAAUGGAUAGCAACUAUCGGGAGGGAUGCAGAGGGUAAGCGAAUUAUAUGGGACCUGCUCUAUUAAAAAACUUGGUCAUCCUACAGUCUGAUAUUUUGAGGCAGCUAUAUGUUGCACAUGCUCUUCCAAAAAAGGAAAAGUGAUUAAGUGCAAUUCUCAUAGUGCACAGAAAAGUUAUUCACAAGUGCGUAGUCUCUAUCAUUGGCACCACCAUUCUUGUCACGAAUUAUAGAUUUGGUGGGAUAAUUAACAUAUAAAUGGAUACGAAGCGUGUUGCACCGGAUCCCAUUGCAGUGCUGAGAGGACAUCGAGCUUCGGUCACUGCCAGUUGUUUCCAUUCCACCAAACCCGUUCUCUUUACAGGGGAUGCAGAGGGUGAGCUAAGAAUAUGGGACCUGCUCCGCUACAAAACAUUAUCAUCCUCCAGGGUUCACAGCCCUGCAGCUGGGGUCAUUGCUAUUGCCACAAUUCCUUCAUUUGAAAACAAGAUCCUCAGGAUCGAGUACAUACAUUGGAAAGUGAUAUUAUUCAAUAUUUUCAGUCAGGGCAGAGAUGGAACCGUGAAAUGCUGGGAAUUUGUGGAUGGAGCUUUGUCAAGGCAGCCAUUACUCACUGUAAAGACAAAUGCAUACCACUUUUGUAAGCUGGAUUUAGUGAAGAAUACACUGUGCUCACCUCAAAUUGGAGAAUCUAAACCUACAAAUACAUAUCAGAAUGAAAUGGACACAGUAAUAGUUCAAGGGAUUAAUAUAUCCAAUGAAAACAGAGAAAGUUCUCAGAAGUCAUCUGACAUCCAAGAGGGAAUUCAUGAGGAGAUUUAUUCUUUUUCUGGUUGCAGUUCUCAUCACUCUUCAAUGGCAGAUACAGCUUCUAUUUCACCUCUAUGCUCUGUCCAAGGAAGAAUGUUGAUGGCUGUUGCAGGAGAGGAGACAUCUGUGGUUGAGAUUUGGGAUAUUGAUAAUGGAGAGCAGGUGGAGCACUUGCAGUUACCUUAUUCUGAUUCUAAUGGAAAAAUGGCUGCCUCGUCUACCAAGUCACGAGGAAUGUGCAUGGCUCUUAAGGCAUUUCAUCCUCUUGGAGAAAAAGGAUUCUUAAGCAUUUUAGCUGGGUAUGAGGAUGGAAGUAUUGCUUGGUGGGAUAUGAGGAAUCCAAAAUUACCUGUGACAUCUGUUAGAUUUCAUUCAGAACCAGUUCUAUGUCUUGAUGUCGACAAAGACUGCAUCAGUGGUGUUUCUGGAGCAGCUGAUGACAAGAUUGUGUUUUUCUCUCUUGAUUAUGAUAAGGGUAUGUGUAUUCUGAAUAAAGAAAUCAGUCUGUCACAUUCAGGGAUAUCAGAUGUUUCGAUAAGAGGGGACUCCAGGAUUGUUGUCACUGCUGGUUGGGACCACAGGGUUCGUGUGUAUGAUUAUCGAAGAAAGAAGCCACUUGCUAUAUUAAAAUAUCACUCAGCUACGGUGACAAGUGUCUCUUAUUCAAACGAUUGCAAAUUAUUUGCAUCUUCAUCUGAGGAUGGCACUAUUGCUUUGUGGUCAUUAUAUCCACCUUCUACUACUCAAUCCAAUAAUUCUCUUUGAUGUUAAUUUUGUCUUGAGCCUCUUAAGAAUGCAUUUGUUUAGUUACUUUCUAACAAUAGGAUAUGUGUUUAAAAAUGCAACCAUUUAAUAGAUUAAUGUCAAUUUCAAAUAUAAUUUCACAAAGGUUUUUUUGUUCAUAAAGUCUAUGGAAGAAGUUCAAUCAACAAAUAGAUGGAUAAUUGUUUGUGGAAAAACCAAUCUAGAAGGAUUGUACAAUAUCAUGCAAGGUAUGCUCUUUAAUCA